UAGUAACCGCGCUUGCUUCAGGAAUGUAACUUCACCUGUUGUGAUUAAAAAAAAAUCAAGCUGGGGAAUUGUAUGGAAAACGAAACCAUAACUCCUGUUUUCACCAAAGAAAAAGGAGUUGACAACAAAGAUAAAAUGCCUAAUUCAAACAUCGAUUUUUAUUAUUUCUUACCAAGCCCACCAUGUCGAUCUGUCAUGCUUUUAGCCAAAGCUUUAGGGGUGCAAAUGAAUCAAAAAAUAACCAGCAUUUUAGCCGGCGACAAUAUGACACCAGAAUAUUUACGACUAAAUCCACAACAUACAAUCCCAACUUUAAACGAUAACGGUUUUAUUUUAUUCGAAAGCCGCGCAAUUCUUCAAUACCUCGUCGAUCAAUACGCAAAAGACGAUUCUUUAUCGCCGAAAGAAGCGAAAAAAGCGGCCAUCGUCAAUCAACGUUUAUAUUUCGAUGCUUGUACUUUAAUGCCGAGAUUGGUACAGUAUAUGGGGCCAGUUUUACGACAUGCCCAAACACCGGAUAAAGAGAAAUUGGGGAACUUCGAGGAAGCGCUUGGUUAUCUCGACGAAUUCUUAGAAAAUCAAACGUGGGCUGCCGGAUCUCAAUUGACCAUCGCCGAUUUCGCUUUGAUUUCCACCGUUUCAACGGCGGAAGCGAUUGGGGUUGACAUUUCAAAGUUUCCAAAUGUAAAUGCUUGGUUUCAACGCACCAAAAAUGCCAUGACCGGGUUUGGAUACGAAGAAAUUAACCAAGCUGGGUGUGCCAUUAUCGGCAGGAUGUUUAAAAAUAAAGCUAAAUAAAAUAUAUUGAUUUAUUAAUCUU